AGCCUCGGCGGUGCAAGCAUCAUCAAUCAGCAAGGUGCAUAGACUCAGACGCCAAGAGGCUAUGGCAGAACUGGCACUCGAGCUCGACUUCUGCAAAACUGCAUGGCCCAUGCGCAAGGGCUAUCGCCACUUCUUGGAUGGCAGGGACACAUCAGGACGUUCCUCUUACUCCAAGUCAGUUGCCAGCAAGUGGUUGCAUAGGUUGGAAUCCUGCGAGCAUGCGACUGCAAGGAUGGCCCACAGUGUGGCCCACAGGCACAAACACUCGCAGCAGAAGAGCGAUGCUUGUCGGACAAAGUCCAAGAGAUACAAGAGCCCGCGGGAGCCGGAAAGUUGGAUGAUGUCAAGCGGGCGUGAAGCACUAGACUGGGAGAGCUUUGACCAUUCUUUUCUGGAGUUCCAUGACUCUGACGAUCUGUCCGACUGGGACAGCGGCUCCGAGUCGACUUGCUCCGGGAUUUCAGGCUCGACGUGCAGCUCGUGCUCAACCUCCAGCAAUGCCUCCAGCAAGUCAGAGAAGUCUGAGCUGGAGCCGACGCGGUGGGAAAUGGCGCAGCGCGUUGCAGCGAGUACUGCGGCAGCUUAUCGCAAGUCCGAGCCUAAGUCUUGGCAGAUCGGCCUUGCUCUUUGUCUGUCGUGCAUGUCCUCAAAGGUCUCAAUCCUGCGUGUCUUGAGUGCUCUUGCUUCAGUUUCUCGGUUCCGAGGCUGGUGCCUGCCAGGCCCAAAGCCGUCAAGUCCCCGCCGAAAGUCAAGAAGCCGCAGCAGAGGAUCUUCUCUACCGUGCCUCGCGUGCAAGCUUCAGUGAGCCCACCCUUCCCGGAAGCUCAUGCUGCGGCUUUAGAGUUUGCAAAGGGCGAGGAAUCUGAGCAGAGCCUCCGGACUGGCAAGCACUUUGGGCGUGGGAAGCCCGGACAGCCCAAGCGUCAGAAGCUGGAGCAGAUCGAUGCCUGCUCACCGGAGUAUGAAGCGAUUACUAGGUAUUUCCAGCAGACUCUGUCCCGCGAGCCUGAGAUCCAUUCACUCUCCAGGAUAACGCAACAGGGCGUUCAACAGCGCUUCAUGAGCAAUGGUGACAAUACACUCAUGUUCCACGGCUGCAGGAGCGUGCAAAACUAUGAGCGUAUCCUGAGUGAUGGAUUCCAGACUUCCCGCUGCUGCAGUGGUGGAGCUGGCUAUGGCACCUGGUUCGCAUACAACGCGUCAUACAGCGACGGCGGCUAUGCCCAUGAUGCCGGAGGAUGGAAGCACCUGUUUGUUUGCGUGGUCUCGAACUACUACACCGUGCUGGAUAACACCUCCAUGCGCGUAGUUGGCCAAGACUGUGCUUAUCCGCAAUGGGUGAUCAAGUACAGAUUCGAAAAUCAGCGUUUACCCUCAUCCCCGCUGCCAGCGAAACCAACUUCAUCCACGAAGGGCCGCACCUUUUAUGUUGUUCGAGAUGGCCAGUGGGUACCAGAAGGAGGGCAACCUGGUUGAAUUCUGUUCACAUUCAUUGCAUGGUUUCCGGGGUGCUGCAUCGAUAUUUUUCAUCCUGGAGAAUAUGCGAGGCUUCCUUUGACCUUUCAAGGCUUCAGUGAUGUACAGAUCUUGGGGCUGGUGAUUGUCCGUCCCACGGCCUUUGCUUGGAGCUAUCGGACAACC